GAAGUUGGUAAGGCAGGAAAGAAGGGUAAAAAUAGCCCCACCAACGCCACUCCGACUAAGCAGAAUUUCAAUGAUUUAAUUUUGUAACUUUGAUCAAUUCCCAUUUCCACCUUCGUUUUGCGACUUUCGCAACCCGUCAAUCCGGUUGUAAGGCCACAACCUUUUUUACAAACCAAAAGUCCUCGACGUCUGGUUUUGGUACCUAAUCCUCUAUCAGGAUUUUGUCUUCAUUAUUUCCAAUUGCGCUCCUAAAAUCUGAGCGAUUUUGGUACAUACGGCAUUUGCGACUCUGUGACCUACCUAGGUAGUCGCAUAGAAGAAUUAAAGCCUCACCAACCCCUCCCCCUCCAUUAGGUAUUUAUUUUGAGCGCAACAUAGAAAGUCGAACCGUCAGAAUUGGAACUAAUAAACUCUGUUCAGCCGUCGCUUCCGUUCUUAACAUAUCUUGUGCUCUGCAGAAGCAUCAAUCUUCCCCUCAAUCUACUUCAACCUCCCGCCAACACUACUUGCGACCAAUUCGCCAAAUUCUCCCGUUUGUAUUUCCAUCCAUAAUGGCCACCAUCACUGGGAGCAGACCCGCGGGUGCGGCUCUGCAUAAUCAGCAGGAACCCGCGCCGUCCUCCCAUCAAUACACUUGCAACACAUGUCAAGUAGCCUUCCGUUUUGCCGACACCCAGAAAGGCCACAUGAAGAGUGAUUGGCAUCGAUACAAUCUUAAACGUCGCGUUGCAUCGCUUCCUCCCAUUUCGUCUGAAGUCUUCACCGAGAAGGUCCUUCAGGCUCGUGCUGCGACCAGCGCCGAGGCGGACCGUGCCGGCUUUCAGCAGAUCUGCGAAGUCUGUCAGCGGACUUAUUACAGCGAGAAUUCUUUCCGAAACCAUAUUUCGAGUCAGAAACAUAAGGCACGCGAAGCAGCUGUACACCAUCGGGGACCUAGUCAAGAUGAUGCCAGUUCCGUUAUGAGCUCUACCUUCUCUCUCGGUGAUCCCAUACAUUCAAAUAGCAGCGAAAUUGACCCUAUUGCCGACAAUGAGUUCAAUGAAGUGGUUGAAGGUAUUCAAAAAACCAGCUUGACAGACCGUCCUUCCCCAGUUAAGCGGCCAUCAAAUCCCCAUCCUUCUGCCGAGGCACAGCACAAGAGAGAACACCCCGUAUCAGAAGAUGCUAGUGAGGCAACCUCUAGCACUUCAACGCCUGUUCCGAACCUUACGUUGAAAUCAUGUCUAUUCUGCAACUAUGAUUCGCCAACUGUGCCUCUCAACGUUGUUCACAUGGAACGCAUCCAUAGUAUGUUUAUUCCCGAGAAACAAUAUUUGGUUGAUCUCGAUGGCCUUAUUGGAGCAUUACAACAACGGAUUCAGGAGUUUCACGAAUGCCUAUAUUGCGGAAAGGUCAAGAACAGCGCGCUUGCUGUACAAACGCAUAUGCGUGAUAAAGGUCAUUGCAAGAUACCUUAUACUUCAGAAGAUGAGCAGGUUGAGAUCGGCGACUAUUAUGACUUCAGAAGCACAUACUCGGAUGGCGAAGACUCGGAAGAUGAGUCGGUUGAGGAUGGUCAACAGAAUGGAGGGGCUAAGCUUGGGGCUAGACGAUCGGCUAAGGCAGUAGGCGAAGAUGGAGACGAGGUCAUGGAUGAUGAAGGUUGGGAAACCGAUAGUUCUACUUCAUCUUGCAAGUCUGAAGAUCUAGGUCCUAUUCCUGUCGAUAAUCACCUUCGGCAGUAUGAGCGACUCGAGAAGCAUCCCCACCACUCAUCUCGCGAUCCCCGACACCACCACCAAAUGGAUGGUUGGCACUCGCAUGCUCACAGGCAUCGUGCUAUCUUUUAUGAUGAUACCGAGUUACAUCUGCCUUCAGGUCGUGCAGUCGGUCACCGGUCUCUGGCCAAGUAUUAUCGCCAGAACCUACACAAUUAUCCUACAGCGGAGGAGCGUGCUGAGAGACUUGCUAUCGAAGCAGCUUCAGCCGAAGGUGAUGAUAUGGAUAUUGACAACGAUGAGAAGAAGGGCAACGGCCAGGUUAUUCGACGCGAAGGUCGCGGACGUAAGGGUGCCGUCGUAAGCCGAGCGAACGGUGGAACUGGCAUGUUAGGAGUAACAGAUCAGAAGAAGAAAGAGGUGGUUCGUGCCGAGCAGAGAAGCCGUAAGCAAGAGCACAAGGCGGCGAGACAGAAGGAGUGGGCACUUAACAAGCAAGCCAACCACCAAAAGUAUUAUAACUACCAGAUCUUGUAAAACUUUAGGCAAGAUUUUGGAGUGUCUUGCAGCAUGGCUCAGGAACCGGAAGUGUUACCUUACCGUCAUGGACAAGUGCCUAGGUACAAGGGUAUUCUAUGGUAUUCUAUUCUAGUCGGACUGCAAAUUUAACUUGGCAGACCGAACUAUGUAGUCGGUAUAUAGAAGACGCAGUUGACAAUAGUAAAACAACGUUGCGCUUAUGAAGGCUUUUGUGCAAUGGUAGUUACAGACUUACAGGCCGUUGAUAGGUAACUCGGGAUAGGCACGGGAAUAUGACGUCGGGCCAAGAUAAGGUACCUUACCUUAGCACAAUACAAGGUCGUGUGCUAUGUCCAGGAUAAGUCGGAUAAGGCACUUAGGUUAACUCUAUCUAGGUAGGUACCUAGGUAUUCAAACCUGCAUAGGUUAGGUUAGGUACUGACAGACACACCGCUGAGCCAAAAGUGUAUUUCUUAAUAGCACAAGUGCUAUUACAGUCUAUCUGACCAUGAGUGGUAUU